GAUGUUGCUAGAAUAGUCUCAAAACUACAUGUAUAUAUAUAAAGUUCUAGCGAAUGUAGUAUAUAUCAACAUGCCAUCUCGGAGAUUUUGUAACACGGGGAUAUUGUCUAUGCGAAACACUGUGAUGUGCAUCAUAUUAUUCAAGAUUGUUCUUAUAGCAAGUAUCAUGAACUUCAUGUUUCAAAAUAAGAUGCCUACCAGGGUAUUAUAUCACAAUGUAACAAACUAUACCAUCUCAAUUUACUCAAAGUUGAAUAAUAUUGAGGUGAAACAAAGUAUUUCAUUGUCAUUGGUUGCAAAUGGAACAACAGGGGGUAUACGAAAAUAUUCAUCGGAAUACUUCCCUCUUUGUCCACCUGAAGAACAUCUUGUUGGUAUAUUGAAAAUAGAUCUGGACCUAGCAGAGAAAUCGUAUUUUGAAAUGAAUAAUAUGACAUCAAAAGACAUGAAGACACAUGGGAAUGCAUUUUUGGGAAAUUUUGAAGAACGAACUUUGGGAAAUAUUUCAGAUUUUGUUUUGGUGUUUGAACCGGCACAUUGUCUUCCUCCACACUCGGUUGCGUUUAUAAUACCUUUUAGAUAUCGUGAAAUACAUCUACGGCUUCUGCUGGGACAUUUGAUACCAAUUCUCCAAAGACAGUUUCUUCGAUAUUCUAUAUUUGUCAUUAAUCAGUCAGGGAAUGGCACGUUUAACAAAGGACGCCUCAUGAACACUGGAUUCGAAAUCGCGUCGAUGGUAGGCAAAGUAAAUGGGAAGCCUUUCGAUUGCUUCAUAUUUCAUGAUGUAGACCUACUUGCUGAAUAUGACACCCUCUUAUAUAGAUGUCCUGGAGGUAGCGCCGCAAUUCAUAUGGCUACUACUAUUGACAAGUUUGAUUAUCACCCAAUGUGUUGUGGAAUAACGGUUGGUGGCGUCCUUGGCAUGACUGAGGAACAAUUUAGAAAUGUGAAUGGAUAUUCAAAUGAAUACUGGGGUUGGGGGGGAGAAGAUGAUGAUAUAAACGGAAGAAUCAGAAAUAAAAAAUAUUGGCUCUCAAGACCAGACGCAACGCACGGAAGAUACACUAUGUUGGCGCAUGAGAAAGACAGAGGUAAUGCUGAUAACGGUAAUCGACAUGCGACUCUUAAAGGCGCCCACGAGAGGUGGGAUACCGAUGGCUUAAAGAAUUUGAAUACGAACGUGAAAUCUAUUCACAUUUACCCACAAUUCACAAAAAUUUAUGUUGAUGUUGGAAAACCAUCAUGACAGAAAAACUGUGAUUAUUCUUUCACACCCAGAUCUUUAUCGGCUUUAUUGACACGACAUACCACUCAUCUUCAUUUUCAACCACUAUACAAUCAAUUAUAAAACCCAAAUUAAACUUUUAUCGGAUUAGUACAACACUGUACAUUUCAAAUUAAUUGCUCAUACUAAAAUCAUUCCGGGGUUUCUGGAGGUUGGUAACUGCUAAUACGCGAGUUGGACAGGCAGGUCAUGAUAAGGAAAUACAAAGGAACAAACUAUCAAAUCCGUUACAGUAUCGGUAAUCUUCCUUAUUAAAAAAUUUCCGACUUCGCUAACCGCCAGAUCGCUGAAAGGAGAUUGGGGAACCGCGCGGUGCGCAAUUUUUAUUUUAAUGACAUCACACAAAAUUCACUGUGAAAAACGAAUCCCAUGGAGAGCACAGAAAUUUUUGAAAUGAAUGAAUGUAAUAGCCUUCUAGCGACAAAAACAAUCUUCAACCACUGAAAAUUUCAGAGCAAUUGGUCCAGUAGGUAAGGGGAAAUAGAUUUUUCACAACAGCCAGUGGAAAAAGAAUACCAAGAAGAAUACUAACAACGACAAUAAUACUAUGCAGUUUUGUGUCGCAUAUAUAUAUAGAAAUAUAUACUGAAAUCUAAAUUCCAACGAAGGAAUUGAGUGGACUAGACAGUGGACUAUAUUAUCUUACUAUUGUGUUAGGGGGGUAUGCGGGGUCCUCCGAUUCAUGGUAUCCAUAUAUUUCCCAAUUGGGUGGUUUUGACUAUUCCUGAGCGACUCCGAGAACCCCCGCUCACGUGCUUUCGUUUUUGUCCUGUAUUUUAUCGGUUCGAUCCGAUCCUUGCUUAUAUAUGCUGAAUAAUAAAGUUUUGCGUGGUAUUUGUCAGUUUUCAGUUGUGUUCACAAAAAGUGAAUCAAUUACCUUAAUUGUCAUUAUGUCUUUGGAUGACCUUUAGUUCAGUUGCAAUAAUUAAAAUUUGGUACAAUAGACUAGCCGGCAAACGCUGCACAGACUAGCCUAAAACUAACUAUCAGCACCUGUAAGCGGCACGCAGUUUAAUGGUUUGAAUA